AUGAUUACAUUACUCGAUGUCAUACUAUGGCAUAUGAAAGGCGAUGAUAAUGAGCCAGUCCCAUACCGUAGUCUCCUUCAAGAGAAGAUUGAGCCAGGACAAACCUUGAUUGUCAAGGGAUCCACCAUCGAUGAGUCUCAAAGAUUCACCAUUAACUUGCACAGCAAGUCCCCUGACUUCUCCGGAAACGAUGUCCCUCUUCAUAUUUCCGUUAGAUUCGAUGAAGGAAAGAUCGUUUUGAACUCUUUCCAUAAUGGAGAGUGGGGAAAAGAAGAGAGAAAAUCCAACCCAAUCAAGAAGGGAGAUUCUUUCGAUAUUAGAAUCCGUGCUCAUGAUGAUAGAUACCAAAUUAUCAUUGACCACAAGGAAUUCAAGGAAUACGAGCAUCGUCUUCCAAUGAGCUCUGCCUCCCACAUGUCUAUUGAUGGAGAUCUCUACCUCAACCACGUUCACUGGGGAGGAAAGUACUAUCCAGUCCCAUAUGAGAGCGGAAUCGCCUCUGGAUUCGAAGUAGAAAAGACCCUUCUCAUCUUCGGAACUGUUGAGAAGAAGGCUAAGAGAUUUAACGUCAAUCUUCUUCGCAAGAACGGAGACAUCGCUCUUCACUUCAAUCCUCGUUUCGAUGAGAAGCAUGUCAUCAGAAAUGCUCUUCAAGCUAAUGAGUGGGGAAAUGAGGAGAGAGAAGGAAAAAUGCCAUUCGAGAAGGGAGUUGGCUUCGAUCUCUCAAUCGUUAAUGAACCUUAUGCUUUCCAAAUCUUCGUCAACGGAGAGCGUUUCGCUUCAUUCGCUCAUCGUUCUGACCCUCAUGACAUCACCGGACUUCAAAUCCAAGGAGAUAUCGAGCUCACCGGAAUCCAAAUUCAAUAA